AUGAGAAGAGGGAUCUCAUCUGCCCCGGAUAAAGUCAUAAUAACAGGGGUUGGUGGCUCUUCGCUGGACAAAAAUGCAGUUUUAACGGCACUUUCCGAUCGCCUAACUAGUCUACCCACGGCCACAUAUAACGUUAUCCAGAUAAUAACCCCACCGCCUUGCAUUACACAGACAUCCAGUGUCUGCUUGUCCGAUCCUUCACCUGGCAGUUUAUACACCACUCCGCACGGAGCUACUAACGGAUCGGCACAACGACCUGCACUAGGACGUCCUCCGGCUAAGAGAAGGCUUGCACUAGAUGACGCAGAUCACCUAUACACCACUGAUGGAGUGAAAGCCCCCAAGAGCCAAACUGGGGGUCCCCUGGCUGAGCUGAAGGAUCUUAAAACUCCUAAAUCUCCGUCGGAGAAGACCCGUUAUGACACCUCGCUGGGUCUCCUCACGAAGAAGUUCGUCCAGCUGCUGGGCCAGUCGUCGGACGGCGUGGUGGACUUGAACCGGGCCGCCGAGGUCCUGAAGGUCCAGAAGAGGCGUCUCUAUGACAUCACCAACGUUCUGGAGGGCGUCCAUCUCAUCAAGAAGAAAUCCAAAAAUAACAUCCAGUGGAUGGGCUGUAACCUGUCGGAGGCGGGAGGCACGCUGAAUCAGAGGCAGAGCCUGAGCAGUGAGGUGGCCCAGCUGGUCCAGGAGGAGCGCAGACUGGACGAGUUGAUCCAGAGCUGCAGCCAGGACGUCAAGCAGAUGACAGAGUCCUCGCACUAUCAGAAGCUCGCCUACGUGACGUAUCAGGACAUCCGGAGGCUGCGCAGUCUCCGAGACCAGACCGUCAUCGUGGUCAAAGCCCCGUCGGAGACUAAACUGGAGGUUCCAGACCCACAGGAGGGCUUACAGGUGCAUCUGACCAGUGCCAAGGGGCCCAUAGAUGUGUUUCUGUGUCCGGACGAGAACACGCCCGACAGCCCGGUGAAGAACUCCGCCCUCAGCCUGGGUGGAAGCUCCACACCCUUCAUGAAGGUCUUAGAAGAUAGCGUUCGGUCCGGCCCGGCCGUGACGGUGACCAAUCUCUCCCCGAUCACCUCUCCGUACACCAGCCUCCUGCAGCAGACGGAGGACCAGAUCCCCACCAUCGACGCGCCCUUCGUCAACCUGGGCUCGCCCCUGCUCAGCGAAGACUACCUGAUGAGCCUGGGUGAAGAGGAAGGCAUUACUGACCUCUUUGACACCUACGACCUCGACAAGCUCCCCCUGGACGACGCGGACCCCCUGUGGUCCGCCUCCUGCGGGACGGACCGGGCGGGGAGCGGCUUGACGGACUCCCUCUUGGAACGCGUUUAG